AUGACAACCUUCCUAUCGGCACUUGAGGGAGAUCUCAAGGGAUCGCUCGACAGCCUGGACAAGGCUCUGGGCGGUAACACUACACAACCGACUUCCCUUUGGUCUCCGGUCCACUUCGAUGCUCUAACUGAUCCUUCUAGAACUGAUGAAUGCCUUUUGGUGGAGAAACGCACACCUGACUCGCUGGCUAGGUGCAAGACCAUGGUAGUGGAAAUCCCGAUGCCGCCAUACGACUUGGACAACAUCUCCAGCGGCACCUGGGAGAAAGGGGAUUUUCCUGAAAGGUUGCUUGUGUGGGGUUUUGAGCUCUCCUGCCGUUCUCACCUGGAAUGCGCUCAAAACAUACGCCAAGCGCGGCCGGACCUUUUCGAUGGGAUCUAUUUGUACGAUGGCGUAGAUCCUUACGGAGCCGUCAUUUACGUGAAAAAUGUUCCCGACAAAAAUGUGUUGUUGGAGGACGGGUCGCGAAUCAAGAAUCUUUAUCUGAUUUGCUCAAUACCCGAUGCUGGCGGGGUUUCGAGACAACAACUCCCUUGGGCCGCGAUCCUUCCCAAUGAGUCUAGCCUCGGUAACUUCGGACGCAAACCUUACCCGUUCGCAUAUAUCAAUGCUGCUGACAUGCCGGUUCCUCCGCAAUCUACCGCCGGUGUGGGGAGUCCCGUCGAUGCUCUGCAGGAUGCCUCACAAAUGUCACGACUCAUGUACAGCCGGACCAGAUGGCACUUGGUUCCUCCCGGUGAAGCAACUCAAGCAAUCCGAUUUUUCCCAGCUCUCGUGAAAGUAAAACCUAUCUAA